AAUAGUACAAGAUCCAUGGAUCUUCACAUUGAAUUCAGAGAUGGAACAGUGCCUUCUGCCCCACUCAUUGUGGAGAUAGAUAAUACAAUUGCAUCCUACGAUCAGACCCACAUCAAGCAGAAAAGAACUGAAGCAGUCCUGCAGAGAGUCAAAGAACAGCACAAAACCAGCAUGAAAAACAAGUUUGGCUGCUUAUUUGAGGGAAACAAACUACAAGAGAAUGAAACCCUCUUGAACAGGAUCUACACACAGCUCUACAUCAUAGAAGGAGAGAGAGAAGGAGUGAAUGAAGAACAUGAGGUUUUACAGAUGGAGAAAACAUCCAGAACACAACACUCACAACAAAAUCCAAUAAACUGUAAUGACAUCUUUACCACCUUAUCUAAACCAGGAUAUGAUGAGAAAGACAAAAUCAAGACUGUUCUUACUAAAGGCAUCGCUGGAAUUGGAAAAACUGUCUCUGUGCAGAAGUUCAUUCUAGACUGGGCAGAGGGAGAAGCCAAUCAGGAUGUAGAUUUCAUGUUUGUGCUUUCAUUUCGAGAGCUGAACUUGAUUCAAGAUCGUCAGUACAGUCUUCACAGACUUCUGCUUGACUUCCAUCCUCAGCUUCAAGAUCUGGACUCAAAGGUUUAUGAGGAGUGUAAAGUUGUGUUUAUUCUAGAUGGUCUGGAUGAAAGCAGAAUGUCACUGUUUUCAGAUGAUGAGAAAGUUUGUGAUGUGAAUGAGUCUUCAUCAGUGGGUGUGUUGAUGUCAAACCUCAUCAGAGGAGAUCUGCUUCCCUCUGCUCUCAUCUGGAUCACCUCCAGACCAGCAGCUUCCAAUCAGAUCCCCUCCAAAUACAUCAACCGUGUGACAGAAAUUCAAGGUUUCAAUGACCCUCAAAAAGAGGAAUAUUUUAGGAAGAGAAUCAGUGAUGAGCACCAAGCCAUCAGAAUCAUCUCACACAUCAGAAGAGCAAGAAGCCUCCACAUCAUGUGCCACAUCCCCGUCUUCUGCUGGAUCUCAUCCACUGUGAUUGAGAAGCUCCUGAAAGAAGAUCUGAGUGCAGAAAUACCUCAAACUUUUACUGAAAUGUACAUCCACCUUCUGCUGACUCAAAUGAGCAAGUAUGAAGAGAGAGAUCCACAGAAACUCCUAAAGACCAAAAGAGAAGUGAUUGUGAAACUUGCUGAAGUGGCUUUCAAGCAGCUGAUGAAGGGCAAUGUGAUGCUCUAUGAGGAGGACCUGAGAGAGAGUGGCUUAGACAUUACUGACGCCUCAGUGUAUUCUGGGAUUUGUACUGAGAUCUUUAAGGAAGAAUCUGUGAUUCAUCAGAGAAAAGUCUACUGCUUCAUUCAUCUGAGUGUUCAGGAGUUUCUCGCUGCUUUCUAUGUGUUUUACUGUUAUUUAAGCAGCACCAUGGAAGCCCUUAAGACCUUUGAUCCAAUGCACAAUUUGCAUAAAGGUGCAAUAGAUAAAGCCUUAGAAAGUAAAAAUGGGCAUCUGGAUCUGUUCCUGCGGUUCCUGCUUGGCAUCUCACUGGAGUCCAAUCAGAGACUAUUACAGGAUCUACUGUCAAACACAGAGGACAGCUCAGAGAGCAUCAGGAGAACCACACAGUACAUUAAAGAAAAUAUCAAAGAUGGACAUGCACUGUUCAUUGAAAGAUCUAUCAAUCUGUUCCUCUGUCUGCUGGAAGUCAAAGAUCAGACUCUGUCCAGAGAGAUUCAGGAGUUUGUGAAAUCAGAGAAACACAAAGAAAAAAAUCUCUCUCCAUCUCACUGCUCAGCAAUCGCCUACAUGCUUCAGAUAUCAGAGGAGGUGCUAGAUGAGCUGGAUCUCAAGAAAUACAACACAUCAGAUGAGGGGAGAAGAAGACUGAUACCAGCUGUGAUCAACUGCAGAAAAGCUCUUCUUGCUGGCUGUAAUCUCACUGGUCAAUCCUAUGAAAUUGUGUCAUCAGUUUUACAUUCCUCAAACCCUGUCCUGAGAGAGCUGGACCUGAGUAACAAUGACCUGCAGGAUUCAGGAGUGAAGCUACUCUCUAAUGGACUGAAGAGUCCAAAAUGUCAGCUUAAGAUAUUAAGGUUGUCUGGCUGUAUGGUGACAGAGGAAGGCUGUUCUGUCAUGACAACUUUGGCAUGGUAA